AUGGCAAGCUUCACAAAGAAGCGCGUGUCAUAUUUCUACCAUCCCGAGGAAGGGCACUUUUACUAUGGCCCUGGUCACCCAAUGAAGCCGCACCGCAUGAAACUAGCUCACCAUUUGGUGGUGAAUUAUGAUUUGUACCGCAAAAUGGACAUUUUUGAGCCACAUAUUGCUUCGGCCGAGGAGAUUAAGAAUUUUCACGCGCCAGACUACAUUGACUUUUUGCAGCGAAUCAGCCCCAACAAUCAGAAAGACUUGGCCCCGGAACUACAGAAAUUCAACUUGGGUGAAUUGACGGACUGCCCGGUGUUCGACGGCAUUUUUGACUUUUGUCAGAUUUAUUCGGGAGGCACGUUAGAUGCUGUAAGUCGACUGAAUCACGGACAAUGUGACAUUGCCAUCAAUUGGGCAGGGGGUCUGCACCACGCCAAAAAGUCGGAAGGAUCAGGAUUCUGUUACGUAAACGACAUUGUGCUGGCUUUCUACGUGACAGACCGGGUGAUGACUGUAUCGUUUCACAAGUACGGAGACUUUUUUCCUGGCACAGGCGAUAUUAAGGAUAUCGGCACCAAAAACGGCAAAUAUUACGCUGUUAAUUUCCCGUUGCUGAGCGGCAUGGACGAUGCAAGUUACGAAAGCGUUUUUAAACCGGUGAUUCAAAAGGUGAUGGAAACGUUUGCUCCGUCAGCUGUAGUGUUGCAGUGCGGUGCAGACUCGCUCACGGGAGACCGUCUUGGAUGCUUUAAUGUUACUACACGAGGGCACGGGGAAUGCGUGAGAUUUGUGAAAAGUUUUGGUUUGCCCUUACUAGUGCUUGGAGGUGGUGGGUACACCAUCCGAAAUGUUUUGAGAGCAUGGGCAUACGAGACAUCGAUUUUGCUGGAUGAAGAAGUGUCGAACAAUAUUCCAUACAACGACUACUUUGAGUUCUACGCCCCAAACUUCAAGCUGCAUUUGGAGCCGGAUUUGGAACUUGAAAAUGCUAAUUCGAGGGAGUAUCUAGAAGAAUGCAAGAAUAAAAUUUUUGAGAAUCUUCGAGCUUUGACUGGGGCGCCAAGCAUUCAAAUGAGUCGAGCGCCUCCGACGUACAUGCUGCGUGAAGAAGAUGAAGACGCAGCGGACCCGGACUUGCGUACGGACAACGACGGAAAACGACAUCACGAGGCCGAGUUCUAUCAAGACGACAAGGAUCAGCAAGGAAACGACGAUGCUAAUGCUGGAAAUAGCAGUAUAGCAGCAAUUUGUCUUCACCAGGAUAGAGAAGCGGACAAUGCAGCUCCAGAUGUUAUUCCCAUGGAUGUGGACUAG